UAAUUAUAUCAGUUCUAACACGCUUGUAAUAAGUGAGUUUUCCUACGUUAUCGCCCGGAAGUGACCUGCGUGUCAACAGUGAUGGAAGUCUACAGUCCAGAAUGGACACCUUCCCGAAGUGUUCCGUAUGUCAUCAGGAGUUUACACUGAAAGGUCCAGUCCCCUACUUACUACCCUGUCUACACGCCGUGUGUGAGAAGUGUGUGACAUCUGCGGCUGGUGGUGUGAUAUCAUGCUCCACGUGUCAGAGGGAGGUCAACCUCACAGACACAAGUCUCCAGAAGGAUGCAGUCAGACAGAAGGAAAUAUUCUACCUGACCGUCAAACAACGCCCCACAGAGCUCCUCUGUACAUAUGACGAUGACGGGAACCAGGCUGUGUGUUGGUGUCAGGAGUGUGAAGAAUUCCUCUGUGAAUACUGCCAGAACAUGCACAGCAGCGUCAAAAUUUUCAGAAAUCAUGCUGUGCACAACUUUGGGGAUAUAACCCCGCAAAACCUUGAAAAUGAAACCAAUUGCAAUAUUCACGAACGGUAUCCACUUGAUUUGUUUGACAAAAGCUGCAACAAGUGUAUCUGUUCCCAAUGUAGGAGAGGGGAGCAUGCGGAUCACGAGGUUGGUUACCUGGAUGAAGCUGCUGAAGGAGUUACACAGCGCAUUGAACAACACAGGAAAGAUCUGUCGGCGUUACUGUCUCGUCAGCAAACACACCUUCAGAGCAUCAGACAAGAAACACAGUUGACCAACAGGAUGCAGGACACAUUGAGGAAGACAAUAGAACAUACUUUCCGGUCUUUAAGAUCACAACUUGACCAAAGGGAGAAGGAACUCCUGAUUGAUCUUGAAAGUCAGACGAGGGAAACCAAGGCAAUUCUACAUGCUCUUGAAACUUCAUGUGAAGAUCAUUAUGCAAGAUGCACCGACAUUUCAGGUUACAUCCGAAAAUGUCUUCUCUAUGCUUCAACAUCGGUCCUGCUGCAGCUGGAGACCAAUGUUGAGGGGAUGACUCGGACCUGCCUAGAAACUGCUUCGCCUGAAACACAUGAUGUACCUGAAGCUGUCUUCAACACCAAUGGCUUGUCCAAACUGAAAUCAGAUAUGUCUGGAUUUGGUAACAUCGCUGCCUUGGAAGAAGAUUCAGAAGGGGGAACACCUGAUGACAAGCACACACAAACUGAUGAUGACUAUUUGGCGGACCUUGAACAGAAACACGAAAUGGAGCUUGCAAAGCUGGAGUCAAAUAUUGCUUCACACAAUGAAAGAACUGAACAACUUCAGCAGCUAACAGACAAGCUGAAUGCCGAAGCAAACAACAUGAAAUUGAUGCUAGCUGAGAAAGACAAAAGCUGCCAGGACGCCUUAGAAACCAUUGAUCGUCUACAAACCCUGAUUGGAUUCACAACUGAAGGCUGUGUUCAUCUGCUGAAGACAGGUGUAGCAGACAGACGCAUGGUCCUGCAUUGUUUACACCUAAAGUAUGACAAAGACAGAAUCAAUCUGGCCGAAGUCCACAUCAACACAGAAGGAGACCUGGUCAACAGGGAGUCGGACACCAGACCUGCAGGGGAGGGGAGACUGAAGAAGUACAGUGGCACAUGUAGCACUGCCCCCCUCCCCCGGGCUGGCUGUCCCCAGUACUGGGAGAUGAAAUCAAGGGUCAGCCUGGAUAAAACACUCACAGAGGGCUGGGUCAUCCUGGAGGUUGUUUUGUGCAGGGAGGAGCAGAUGGACGUGUGUCUUUGGAUAGGUCGACUUCCUGGCUUCUACAACAUGAACGUCGCCCACUGUACUACACACGGCGGGAUAUGCAGGGAGACAUGGAAGGAGGGGGAGCGUGUGCGGUGUCUGCCUGACACUCUCCCCAACACAGCAGGGGCAUCACACACACUACAUUACGGUGUUGUCUAUGAUGACGCCAGGAAAAAGAUUGUCUUCAUUGAUGUGAAGGAGAAUAAAGUGAUAUCGACGUUAGACAAUGUAGACUCUAGUCAGCCACUGUGGCCGAUGUUCGGGGUGUAUCACCCAUCCGUCCUAACUGUCAGCAUGACACUUGUAGUGGGCAGCGACAUCAACAUGACAGAGGAGAAGAAAGCAAUGAUUGUCAAGGCACUGUCGUCAUGGUGACAAGGAUGGUGAUUAUGACACAUUGUGAAUGUUAAGGAGUUGGGGUUUUUUAAUGAUAGUUAUCAAACUGAAUGAAAUAUACUCAGUACAUAAAUUAACUGGGAAUUAUAUUUGAUACAAGGGAUUAUUUGGAGAAGUUCUGGAAAUAGUGGGGCAGUGGGGUAGCCUAGUUGUAAAUGUUUUUGCUCGUCACGCCGAAGACCUUGGUUCGAUUCCCCACAUGGGUACAAUGUAUGACGCCCAUUUCUGUGUCCCCCCUCUGUGAUAUUGCUGGAAUAUUGCGGCGUAAAACCAUACUCACUCACUCACUGGAAAUAGGGCCACUCAACAGUGCCACACUAUGUGUAUUUAGAGCCUUUGGCGUUGAUAAUUUUGAACUACGGGUAAUUGAGUGAGGUCUUUUUUGUUUGAUAUGAAAUAUGUUGAAUUCAAUGCGUGUAUUUAGGAAAAACAUCGAAUGUAUGUUUAAAGACGCCUUCAGCAUUUCUUUAGGGUAUUUCGCAACAACAGUAAGAGUGAGACUUUGUUUCCUUGCAUUCGCUUCAACGGAUGAAACUCCCGGACAUAGUUUAACCAUGCUUCAAUGAUUACUGAUGUGUCUGCGAGUGUAGUUUUACGCGUCUUGAAACAACAUUUUCGCAAAAUCACACCAGGGAACACCAGAAAUUUACUUCCAAGAUUUUACCCAUGCAUGUGUGGAAUCGAACCAGGGUCAGUGGUCUGACGAGUGAAUGCUCUGAACCACUGAACCACCCCACCGCCCCUGGUUAUUGUGGAAAUAUUGGUAAACUAUCCUGUAAUGUUGUACACCCGUUUCUUAUAAGACUUAUGAAUGCACAGCGCUUGUAUAACAUGUAUGCUCAUAUCUGACCUGUGAAGAUCCGGGAUAGAAUAGGUCUUCAGCAACCGAUGUUUGCCGUGAACGGCGACUAUGCUGUCGUGAGAGGCGACUAACGGGAUCGGGUGUUCAGGCCUGCUGACUUGAUUGAUGCAUGUCAUCGAUCCCAAGUGCGUGGAUCGAUGCUCAUGUUGUAAAUCACUGGAUUGUCUGGUCAAGAAUCGCUUAUUUACAUACCGCCGUCAUGUAGCUGGAAUAUUGCUGUGGGCGGCGUUAAACAACAAACAUCCCCUAUAGCUCUACGAUGAUCUAUGAUUUUAUUACAAUAUUAUUUUCUUAAUAUUAAAAUCGUUUGUCUCCAUGGCAAAAGGCUUGAAAUGGAAUAGAAGGGUGGAAUAACUCAAUAGUUGUUUUAUAUUUAUUGACUUCUUUUGGAACGAUGUAUGCUAAUUAAAACAUUGUAAACUGACGGAAGGCAUGGAUCGAGUUCCAUGCCGAGGUUAUAAAGCUUUCAGUCUUUCUCAUAAAAAAUUAAGAUCAAUUCGUUUAUACCUUUAUUUGUUAGAUUUCCGCUUAGAUUUAAAUGUGAGUCAUGUAUACAGGUAUCUAUACUUAUGUUUAACUGCUUUAGAAGGACUUGUACAUACAUAUCAAACUCCUUCGCCAUUUGCGUAGACAGAUGAACCUAGUAAAGUGCCUGUUAAUGAAUAAAUUUAACCAAUUCA